AUGCCUAUUGCAUACGGACCUCAACCUCUACAGAGACUCAAUACAGAGACAAGACAUGGUUUUGGUGAUCAAUACUCUUCGGAGCAGCUACUAGAAUCUCUGGAAAAUGAUUUCAUGUUUUAUUUCGACGAUAAAAGACACAGAACAAAUGGAAACCCGAUUCCUCGCGAGGAAAAGAAGAACGACCCAGAACGCUACUAUCAGCCUAUAAAAGACUGGAAAAUUCUCAAAGAACGCCAAAAAACUGUUUCGGCUGCACUCCUGUUGUGUUUGAAUCUUGGAGUUGAUCCUCCAGAUGUCGCAAAGACCCAUCCCUGCGCGAGGCUGGAAUCCUGGGUCGAUCCUCUCAAUUUCCAGGACUCCAAGAAAGCCAUUGAGCAAAUAGGAAAAAACCUUCAGACUCAGUAUGAGACCCUGUCGCUCAGAACGCGUUACAAACAAUCGCUCGACCCCUGCGUCGAAGACGUAAAACGAUUCUGCAAUUCACUACGCCGCGCUUCCAAGGAUGAACGCAUUCUUUUCCAUUACAACGGCCAUGGUGUACCACAGCCCACGGCCUCUGGCGAAAUGUGGGUGUUCAACCGAGGCUAUACCCAGUAUAUACCCGUUUCGUUGUAUGAUCUCCAAACGUGGUUGGGAGCACCUUGUAUUUAUGUCUAUGAUUGCAACAGUGCUGGAAAUAUCGUCACGAAUUUCCAGAAUUUCGUACAAAAGAGAAUCAAAGAUGAUGAAGACGGCAAUCACGAUACUGCAGCUCCCUCGCCCACUCAGGCAUACACAGAAUGCAUCCAAUUGGCUUCGUGCAGGGCAAAUGAAUUACUCCCGAUGAAGCCGGAGUUGCCGGCUGAUUUGUUCACAUGUUGUCUUACCUGUCCGAUCGAGAUAAGUGUGGAAAUCUUCUUGAUGAAUUCACCACUGCGGGAAACGAAAUAUGCCGUUUUGUUCCAAAAUAAUGAUGACAGGACUCAGCGGAACGGAGCAAAAGCUACCUCAACAAAACCCAAUGUGACAAUACCGGGUAAACUCUCGGAUAGAAGAACCCCACUGGGCGAGCUCAAUUGGAUAUUUACAGCCAUCACGGACACAAUUGCGUGGACUUCACUUCCACGCCCUCUUUUCAAGAGACUGUUCCGCCACGAUCUCAUGGUUGCAGCCCUUUUCAGAAAUUUUCUGCUGGCGAAAAGAAUUAUGCCGUGGUUCAAUUGCCAUCCUGUUUCUGACCCUGAGCUACCCGAUUCGAUUGCGGACCAUCCAAUGUGGAGAUCUUGGGAUCUGGCGAUUGAUGAGGUCUUAAGUAAGCUAGCCAGCGACCUUCAGUCGAUGCCCUCAAACUCCACAGGCCUUGAAAUGCAGUCUGCGUUGCAGGAUCAGCAACUCAACGGGGGAGACGAUAGCAUAAUUUCAAAGGCGCCAGCUGGUUCGCUCAGCACUAUGUCCCUGGCCAACCACCAUUUACCCAGUCAAACUCGAGUCCCGCAACAUCUUGCACAGCAACAGCAUUUGCAAAAUUCCCAGCUUCAAUUACAGCAGCAACAAUUUACGGGGUUUUUCGAGCAAAACUUAACCGCAUUUGAGCUUUGGCUCAAAUAUGGAUCCAACACCAGAAACCCUCCGGAACAGUUGCCCAUUGUCUUACAGGUGUUGCUUUCGCAGGUGCAUCGAGUAAGAGCCCUGGUCUUGUUAUCCAGAUUUCUAGACCUCGGGCCUUGGGCCGUUUACCUAUCAUUAUCAAUUGGUAUCUUUCCUUACGUUUUAAAGCUGUUACAAAGUCCGGCUCCAGAAUUAAGGCCCAUUCUUGUCUUUAUUUGGGCUCGAAUUAUGUCCAUCGACUACAAAAAUACACAGUUCGAACUCAUCAAGGAGAAAGGAUACCUGUAUUUCGUGAAAAUGCUAGUUCCUGAGUGGGGGACCACUGCGGCUGGACCCGCACCUCAACUCCAACGGGCACCUAGUGGUGGCGGUUUGACAAUGAACGUUAGUGCAAGCUUGGGGGCACAACGUUACCAGAUGUAUCAUACGAUGCAAAAUGGAAACAACAAUAGCGCAGCUGCUUUGGCUAACAACACUACAGAUGAGCAGAAAGCGAUGGCAAUUUUUGUGUUGUCAUCUUUUUUGCGCGAUUUUCCUUUAGGGCAGAAGUGCACCUUUUCUUUGGAGUUGCUUAACAAGCUAUGUCUUUACGUUGAGACUUCUGAUGUUCCGUUGCUAAGACAGUGGUGUAUUGUUUUGAUGGGUCAAUUAUAUUACAAAAAUCCAUUGAACAAGUACAUUUGCAUGACAUGUGGGUUUCUCGAAAAGAUCUACGUCUCAUUGAAAGACCCUAUUCCAGAAGUUCGAUGCGCUGCACUUUUGGCAAUCAACAUGUUUUUGUCUGAGAAAGGAGAGCCUGAACUCGCAAUACAAUUACAACAUGAAAUGCAGCAGCAGAGUCAACAACUGCAGGCCCAAUUACAAUCAAUCCAAUCUUCGGGGCAAAUGCAGCGGCAACAAGCUCAAAUUGAAUGUCAACUGCUGCAAAUUCAAGAAAUGCUCUCUCAGCUGAGGAGUAUGGAUUCUAGAAGACUUAAACAGGAGGAAAUAAAAAUGACUGUUGCAGCCCUGUGCCUGGUCAACGAUGGUUCUCCUCUAGUGCGAAAAGAAUUAAUUAUAUGCCUGUCGCAUCUUGCUCAUCGAUACAUCAACUUCUUCUUCGUGAUUGCGUUCUACGAGAUUUGUGAUGAAAUAACGCAGCUUGAACCAACGCGAGAGGGCUGGGGGCUAGAUAGCAAACAAUCCGUCGCGCAUGGUUCCAUAUUUAAUACAGUUUGGAAGUCUCUUCUCAUAUUGGCCGAGGAUCCAUACGCCGAGAAUAAGCUUUUGACACAAGAGGUCGUCGACUAUAUCCUCAUUAAGUUGAGUGGUCACGAGCAAUUGAACGAGGUCGUUGUUUUGAUGGAAAUAUACCUUAUGGAGCAUACGGGCGGAACUCUGAACACUACCAAUUCCGGACCUGCCGUGGUAUCCACUUUACCUAUCGCUAAAAGGCCUAUCAGCCUGUCCGGGAAAGACAAACCGGCGCAUAGCAAUGAGUCACCCGCAUCCGAGAAAAGCAUCUCCAAAAGAAUAACUUCAUUGAGCGGUUUGUUUAAAUCGCUAGGCUGGGAAAGCGGUAAAAAUGAGCAUGCGCCGGAGACUUCCACCAAAAGAGCAUUCGAUAGACUCAGGGGUUCCAAUAUGCUAAGUAUUCCUCAUGGAACAGCCCCCACGGCCAUGACACAAAGGUCACGGAAACCCAAAAGCCAUCUGGAAGUCCCGCUAACCAGUUCGUUUUUGAACUAUUCCCGGGAGUACUUUCAGGAGCCUCAAAUGAAGAAGCAAGAAGCAGACGAACCGGGGAGUGUUGAAUAUACCUCCAGAUUGUGGCGAAAAAAUCGAAACGAAAAAAUAAUACAAAGAACUCAAGCUCAAAAAAAGCUUGCGCUAUAUGGCGAUUGGUCUAACAACCUUGCCUGUCUGGAAAACAAAUCGCAGCCUAAGAUUUUGAAAUUCAGUCAAUUUGAGAACUAUAUUGUGUCAGCCGAUGACAGGGACAAUAUAUCUGUCUUUGACUGGGCCGAAAACUCGAGGCUUGUAACCUUUUCUAAUGGGAACCCUUUUGGCACCAAGAUCACGGACAUCAAGUAUCUGAAUGAAGACGACAUACCGCUCUUGCUUUCAGGGUCGUCUGAUGGUAUUGUGAAAAUAUACAGUAAAUUUCACGAUUUGGAAGAGUUAGAAUUGGUGACAUCGUGGAGAGGUCUCACCGAUUUGCUACUGACACCAAGGUCCACCGGGUUGUUGACCGAAUGGCAACAAAGUAGGGGCUCUUUACUGGUGACUGGCGAUGCCAAGAUAAUACGAAUUUGGGAUGCCUUGACAGAAACCGUGGAGGUGGAUAUACCUGCGAAAUCCUCGUCGCUGAUAACCACAAUCACUUCCGACCAACUAUCUGGUGACGUAUUUGUCGCGGGCUUUGCAGACGGCUCGUUAAGAGCUUACGACCGCCGUGUUGAUCCAAGAGAUUCUAUGGUUCGCUUGUGGAGAUCGGACGAAGGACACUCAAAGGCCGGAGUGAACAACGUUCAUCUGCAGAGAGGUGGAUACAGAGAACUGGUUAGCGGAACGGACAAGGGUCUGGUGGAACUUUGGGAUUUGAGGAGUUCCCAUUCAAUUGGCAGCUUUAAAGAUGAGGGUGAGAAAAGUGGUUCAGCCGUGUCUCGUCUCACCACGAUGACUUCAAUGCAGGUGCAUGAGCAUGCGCCGGUUAUUGCCACGGGUACUAAACAAGUGAAGAUCUGGACUACAGCAGGCGACUUGCUUUCUUCUUUCAAGAACAAUUCUCAACCGCAUGCAGGCGGAAUGGCUAAUACGCUUGCUACUGGAAUAGGUAACUCGAGGAUAGCAAAUUCUUUUGUUUCCACGAUGGUGUUUCACCCUCAUGAGAUGAUGCUAGCUGCCACGAACUCGCACAGCUCCACGAUCAACGUCUACGAGUGCCAUGACGCGCGAUCCGAUUACAUCUACUACUAA